AUGGCAGCCACACGCAAGCUCCACUCCCCGUCCGCCGCCGCCAGCGGUGACCACCUCCGAUUCCUCCGCCCCGGGGCACUCGCCCGCCUCCGCGACGCCAGGCUUCGCCGUGGGAGUCGCGCCACCCGCCUGCCCCCGCCCUCAUCGCCGGCUGCGGCGCCGGCGUCCCCCCCAUCGCCAUCUCCUGGGGCUGGAGACGGCGAGGGCGUCGCGGCCGUGCCCUACUUCGCGCCCGCGUCGAGGCUCCUCGCGCCCCGGUGCCCCCAGCGGAAGAAGCUCGUGGCGGCCAAGUCCGUGGCGCUCUUCGCUCCGCCGCCUCCCAGCUCCGAUCUGCCGGUCGAGUUCCUCAGCGCGCCUGACAUGGUGGUCGCGGCUCACUAG